AUGAUCGACUAUACCGUCGACAACCUCACCGUGGCCCUGCUAGCCAUCAUCACCGCUCUGGCUAUAUAUCAUCGCUUCUUUACGACUGCUCUUCCGACGGUCCAUCCGCUCCUACUAGGGAAGCAGAGUGAUGUCUCUGCCGUCAGGAAGGAUGGAGAGUCAGGUAUAUACAGAAAUUGGGCCACUGGUCAGGGCACUCCGUUCACGGUCAGACCGGCGAACUCGCUUAAGACCACAAACGAUCUGGUCCCGACGACCGUAUCGCAAGCAGGAGCCGUGCCCAAGUGCAUUUUGGAUGUCUCUCUAUCACAAGAAGCUCUUGCUGAGCUCAUCCGCCGUUUCCCUAUCGGUCUCACCUCGUUAUUCAACCUUCCAACGUCAAAUGUCUCCCCACGACCUAUCCUUGUUCUUCUCCCGCCUUCCCCCGUCACUGCUCUACCUCUCCUCAUCCUCCAGCUUGCCGCAACUCCCAGUUCGCCGCUCGUGAUCCUACCGUCGCCAAAACUCCUGACAAAGGCGCUGACACCAGCCGCCGACUCGCAUCCCGUACCAGGUGUUCUCAUCGUGCACCAAAGCCUCCUGGAGGAUGUCCUAGAGCAAGCCGUAGAAGACUGUGGAGACAGCCUCGGCAUCAUGGUCGUCGGUGACAACGACAAGUCGCAGGGUCCUUUGGUUGAAAGAGCCAUUGGCAAAGGGAUGAAAGUCCACUGGUGGGAGGACGUUUGGGAGGCGGCAGAAAUAUCUUUGAAUAAAAUCACUGUUCCAACUGCCCACUUCAAUGAUGUUCACAGCUAUUUCUAUAAACUCCAGGAAGAUGACGAGGACGAAGUGCCUCCAGAGAUUGCAAAGGUGACCCACCUGAAUAUCACAGCUGGAGUUGCCGGUGUGCUGUCAAUCUUUCCGCCUGACAAGCGUCCCUCGGCCGCUUUGCGAGAUGUAGUAGCAUCGUCAGUCCGACUCGAUACACCAUUCGGAAUGACGAUUGCCUUGGCGUCUAUCUGGUGUGGUGCGAGCUUUCGGUUCAUUGGCCCGCCUGUCCCCAUCUGGCCGGAGUCUAAGCCCACCGAAUCGGAGAUUCAGGAUCAGCUGAGGCGGCUCAUGGACACGGAUCAGCCUGCACCGACUCUGCUUUUCCUCUCAAGCAAUCAUGCAGAGCUCGAGGUAGUAACUAGACGCCUUAAAUACGCUUUUUCAUCGCACCCGCUCGCAAGUGUCGCGGCCGCGCACAAACUGCAUGCUAUACGAGCUGGAGACGUUUCGAAAUCUGGCGUUGCAGAAUCUCUUGUGUGGAAGCCUGUCCGUGGCAAGCUCUUUCAUGGCUUGUUCUUGGACACCAUGCGAGGCAUCGUCAUCGUGGGAGAUCUCCCUCUCAUGUCAACAAUGGUAGCGGCGCAAAGUCUACUUUCCUUGCCCAUCUCUCGAGUUUACGCAACUCACCUUUCGACCGGGCCCAUCUUCGCCUCUCACUUCUACGACGUUCAGUCUAACGGCGUUCACCAUACUGCUCUGCUCAAACCUGACAAGCCUUCAGGCGUCUCAGAAGACAAGGAGAAAUGCCACACCGGUCCACCUGCAGCCAACAUCGAAGUCCUCCUCAAGGGGCCUAACAGCUAUGUCGUGGAGGGCGACGAAGGUGGCAAGAUCAGAGGAUCUUUAUGGGUUCGGGGUCCGACUAUCCUGGAAAGGGUCGGAGGAAGAAUCGUAGAAGGGUGGACAAAUGUCGAAGCUCAGGCUGAGGUGCAAACGAACGGCACAUUCUUGGUCGAUCAUUGA